CGCAUCCGGAAGCCGCGGCGUUUGUUUCCGGGAGGGGAGAUCGCUCGAGGCGAAGCGCACGCCGGGCGAAACCUUUUCCGCGAAAUGCAGUUGACACAUCAGCUAGACCUAUUCCCUGAAUUCAGGGUGACCCUUUUCUUAUUUGAAGAUGUGCAAAAUGCUGGCGACUUGGUGAAAAAAGCCAUGGAAGGCACCUUUGAUGGCUCGUUAAUAAAGCCGACAGUGAUUGUCGAUCCUUUUCAGAUACUUGUCGCAGCAAACAAAGCAGUUCACCUGUACAAACUGAGAAAAAUGAAGACAAGAACCUUAUCGACUGAAAUUAUUUUCAACCUUUCCCCAAAUAACAAUAUUUCAGAUGCUUUGAAAAAAUUUGGAAUCUCUGCAAAUGACACCUCAGUUCUAAUUGUUGUCACCACCGAAGGUGACCAACAAGUAAAUCAGGAACACCUGAUAGCCCAAGUAGAAGGUCAUCAGAUUUCUCUGGAAAGGCUUCCUGAAAUAACCAGCAUUACAGAUGUCCGGAAGAUAUAUAAUCUGUCUUCAAAGGAAGAAAGUAUUGGGACAUUACUAGAUGGUAUCAUUUGUAGAAUGUCAACAAAAGAUGUUUUAUAAAACAAAUCCUCAACAUUUCAGCAUUUUUUACAAAAACGGUGGCGCGGGGAUGGGGAGACAGGGAUCAUCCAGCAUCCAUGACUCCAGAAACUAGAUUCUUUGAGAAUUGACAUUUUUGCUCCAGGGUUCUUUUGAUCAGGAUUCUUCUACAGAAUCUUCCAUCCAGACGCUCAAUAAUGAGGCAUCAAUUAAGCCCACAUGUAAGAAGUACACUAACUUGUGUGAUCCAAGGGAAGUAAAUAAUCAAAUCCAAAGAAAAGAAUGGUACCAGAGCUUGGUGGGAGCCCUGAAUCCAUUUGCAGGGUCCCCACAUGAAUUAAGCCGCUGGUGAAUCCCCUCUGAACAUAGUCCAGCAAAGUCAUAGCAUUGCUAUCAAGCAGCAAUGUAAAGUAGAUUAUGGUCAAUAUAGUUAGGUUAAAAUCUAUUACCUUAUCAUUUGAUCUCCCUUUUGGCCCAUGCUAAAAUUUGCUAAAUAUUUCCUGCUUUCCAUCAGUCAAGGUUCUUCCUUGUUUCAUUGGUCAUUGUUAUUGUUAUUUCCUGUUUGUGUUUUGUAUGAUUUUCUGUAUUUGAAAUUCAAGAUAGGUAAAUCUAUAGAGACAGUACGUAUCUGAAUUAAUAGUUAUCCAGGAGCACGGCAUGGCAGAAGAGGAUGGGGGGAAAAUGGGGAUCUAACAACAUGUACAGGAAGAAAAAUGUUGUAAAAUUGAUUGGUGAUGAUUGCACAACUCUUCUCAGUAUGAUCCAAUGAUUAAAUUGUAUGGUAU